AUGAUGGGAGCUGCUGGCCUGAAAGGGCCCAGUGCUGCCACUGCCUUUGCGCGGCAACGGCUCGCUGCGGUUCCUCGAUCCACCCGAUCGGUAUCUACCUUCAGGCCUCAGCGCUUCCAACUCCCUGGCCAGAAGAGCCAAUUGACCCUCGCUUCCUCUGGAAAUGCUCCAUGGCGCCGUGCUGCUCUUGCUGCCAGCCCUGCUGCGAUCCGUUUCAACUCGACCUCCUCUGACCCAACUCCCGCUUCCGUUCCCGAAACGACAACGCCGAUUGACCCGUCUGACGUUGGUUUUGAUAUCUCGGAGAUUCCUGAGAAGAUUGGAUACUUGAAGGAACUUGGCUUGGACUAUGGUUGGGGUCCAUCCUCCAUGCUCCAAUAUGUGAUCGAGCACAUUCAUAUUUGGACGGGUAUGCCAUGGUGGGCUAGCAUUGUCGGUGCCGCCGUAUUGGUGCGUGUUGGUCUGUUCAAGCCUACUAUGGCUGCUUCCGACACAGGUGCCCGAACCCAUAACGCGAGACCUAUCAUUGACCCGAUUCGUCAAGAGAUGAUGAAGGCUCGUAUCGAUGGACAAACACACGAGUUCCAGAUUAAGAAGGCCGAGCUCGAUAAGAUUCAGGCCGAGCACGGGAUCAAGCCCUCAAAGGCACUCAUUCCUAUGCUGCAGGUUCCUCUCGGCUACGGUAUCUUCCGUGUUGUCCGCGGUAUGACCUCUUUGCCGGUGCCGGGGUUGUUGAACGAGUCUGCUUUGUGGUUGAAUGACUUGACUGUGUCUGAUCAGCUAUACCUGAUCCCUGUCAUCACAGCCUCGUGCUUGUACCUCACACUCAAGAAAGGUGGUGAGACUGGCACCAUGGAUAUUCUCAACACCUCUGCCGGUAAAGCCAUGUUAAUUGGUCUUCCGGCCAUUUCUUUCACAUUCAUGGCCUUCCAGCCAGGCGCUCUGCAGCUGUACUUCCUGUCUACGGGUCUCCUCGGUCUUGCUCAAGCUUACAUUAUCAACAACGCCAACUUCCGUAAAGCCAUGGGCAUGGCUAUCCCUAUCAAGCGCCAGGCGACGCAAGAUAUGAGCAACCUGGAGCAGCUCCAAGCCCGGUUGGCAGAGAUUCAAGCCAACCCGGAGAAGUUCAAGCAAACCCAGGCCCAGGUAACCGAUGAUAGCAACAUCAGCAAAAUCGACCAAGUCCAGAAGAACAUCACCAGCUGGAGCGAAAAGGCUAAGCGCGAAGUCACGGACAAGUGGAGCGAAGUGAGAGGCAAGGCGACCAAGAAUGCGGAUGGCUCUCCCGCCGCACAGCCUCGUCUUAGCGAUGAGGACCGACGGGCCGCAGAUAGAUACGAGCAGGAAGCCAAGGCUCGGGAAGCCGCCCUGCGCGAGGAGCGUAACCACGCCCGUCGGAGCUCCCAUAUGAGGACUCUUGCAGCUGAGCGACAGAAGGCUCGGGAUUCCUUCAAGAACUUCCAGGCGGUUGGACGCAACGGCCCACCUCGGAGGCAGUGA